AUGAAACUAACCACCACCGUCCUCGUCAGUUUGACCUCGCUCUUCAGUCUAGCUUCGGCGAGCUGCUACGGCAGCGGCGAUGGUUGGCCCAACAAGGAGCAGGCACGCGGCUUCGUCUACGACGCCUGUCACAAGAACGGCGGUAUGUUCACCGGUUUCUACCAGGCACACCAGCUCAAGUCAAUGUGUCCUCAAUCCGGGAGGCUAGGAUUGUUGUUCAUCGUCGAGAACCUCAACCGAGAGUCUGGUUUCGAUCUGGGAGACGGCGAUUGCGAAAAAGAAUUGAACAGGUUGAUCUUUGAGUGUGAUCUUGGUGGUGAUUCUGUAGUUGCAGGCUGGCACUUCCGAUGGGGUGCCUCUACCGCUAGCACCAGUACUGUUGAGCAGGGAGUUCAGAGGAUGUUGGGUGCAAGAAGAGGGAAGCUGGAUUGGUGUGCCAGGGCAGAGGACGCAAGGUGGAAGGGAAUGGUGGCAAUGAGAGUACUCCAAAAUCGGCAUUUCAGAUGCGAAAAACUACGCUCUUUUUUUUCUCGGGCUCUUGGAUUGAAAAUCAUAACAAGUCUCCUCUUUCUGUGUUCUAGCGGUGCCGGAUCGUGA